AUGUCGUCGUUGCGGCCACUAGCAUUGCAGAGAUUCAAAACAACGAAAAGGCCUCUGCAGUUGGGUCUUUACCCUCAAAAUUUUCUCCAGACACAUCUGACAUGUCGUGCUCGCGCCUUUACUUCCAUUCCGGGCGUACCAACACCUGAAGAAGAUGAUGAUAGAGGCAAAGGCAACAAGUCUGAAGGUGAAGAAAGCAGAUGGAGACCCAUCUUCUGGAAGUCUCUAGAGUCAACCUUCACCACACUCGCAUCAGUGGCCGUUCUUGGUCUGAUUGGCUACUCCUAUACCCGUUACUACAAGGCUCUGAUUUUGAGAAAGAUGGAACAUGCCUUUGCCCCUGGCGACCCGGUUCUAGAACUUGCCGCCAUGUCCAAGAGCGAAGAUGGUCAUCGGGAACACUGGAUUCUUCGUGAGGAGCAAACCAAACUCGAUGCAAUUGUUCGUGGUGAACUCAAAGGACAGUACUAUCUCAUAGUGGGCGAAAAGGGUACUGGAAAAAGCUCCAUGCUCAUCGACGCCAUGGCCAAGAUAGAGGGUGAAGGUGUUGCCAUGUUCGAUGCUCAUGCUGAUCUCGAAAUAUUCCGCGUCCGCUUGGGCAAAGCUCUCGAUUUCGAAUAUCACGAGGACAACAUUGGAUCUCUCUUCUCGAUUCGUGGCCCUCGUGAUGCUUCCGCUUUGCUCGAUAUAGAGAGAGCAUUCAACAAGCUGGAAAAGGUGGCAUUACGCAGGAGAGCAACUGUUGGAAGACCCUUGAUCAUGAUAAUUAACAACAUGCAUUUGCUGCGGGACGACGAGGAUGGACGCGACCUUCUCGAAUUACUGCAGCAGAGAGCCGAACAAUGGGCUGCCAGCAACCUGGCCACUAUUAUCUUCAACAGCGACGAUUAUUGGGUUUACGAAAGACUCAAGCAGCUGGCAACACGCAUGGUGGUAAUGCCAGUUCCCGAUCUACCACGAGAUAAAGCCAUGAUGGCUUUAUCCAACUACCGGGCAAGAUAUCACAGUGACAAACCUCUAGAUUCGGAAAUUCUAGAAAAAGUCUACCAGAAAGUGGGCGGUAGGCUUGCUUUCCUCAAUCGUGUCGCAAAGUCUCCCGACAUGCUUCAAACUUGCGAAGACAUUUGUCGCGCAGAAAAGACUUGGCUUCUGUCGCAAACCUGGAUCCUGGGUGAGGAAAUGGAUGAUGACGUUAUGGAUCAACAAAAAUAUGCUUCAGCUGCAAUGGUCCUGGCAAAGGCUUUAGUAGACAAGGAGAAGGAAGAUAACCUAGAGUACGACCAGGACAAAGGCCAUAUGCUACCCCAGAUACCCCUUCACAAAGCGAGACAGAUCAUGACGCGUGCCGAUUUCAUCCAGAGCUAUGAUGCUAUCAACAUUUUCACCAUCGACAGCAAGGCCAUGGUGAGAGCCGAUUCAGUUCCGAUGAUGAAUGCUAUGCGAGAAAUUUGUUCCGAAGAGGGCUUCGAUGAAUACCUGGAAGCAACUCUAGACCGUAUCUCUGCUAUUGAGAGCUUGGGACGCACUCGCGAGCUGACAAUCAAAGACUUAUGGGAUGGAGGAAAGUACCGUGUUACUACGAGAAACGCAAAAGGUGCCAUAGAAAAACUUAUCAAUUUUGAGGUUGAGGAGAAGGAAGAAGACAAGGACGACAAAGAUGAUUGA